UGGUCGUAUAAUUACUUUGCCAGCUAAACCAUGUCCACCAUGCAACCACUGCAGCCAAAAUCAAACACACGAGAUAAGCAGCGGCGAACUCUCCUCUCCCCGUCGCCGCCUCCCGCAGCUCCAAGGAGCACACAACCAUGCCGGUCCCGCACGCAGACGACGCGAUCCUACACCCUCCGCCGCCCACAAGGGCCAGCGCCAGCAACGCCACCAGCGACAAGUGGGGGCCCUACUCCGGGGCCAGCGACUUCGGCGCCAGCAUGGCCCUCGUCCUCGCCGCGCUCUUCUGCACCAUCCUCCUCGCCCUCUCGCUCGGCGCCGCCAUCCGCCUACUCUUCUGUCGCCGCCACCGCCGCGGAACUUCGGAGGAGCCCGAGGAGAAGCCUGCAGCGGCAGUGACGCCGACGAUGCUAUUCUCGGCGGCGGGGACGAUGCUGGCCGGAAUGGGGGCAGAUUGCGCCAUCUGCCUGGCGGAAUUCUGCGAGGGCGACCCCGUCCGGGUGCUGCCGGCGUGCAACCACGGCUUCCACGUCCGGUGCAUCGACCGGUGGCUGGCGGCGAGGAGCUCCUGCCCGACUUGCCGCGCUGACGCCAACCCAGAAGAGCGGGCUCAGGCUCAGGCUCAGGCUCAGGAGGUUGCCGCGGAGGGGGUUUAGCAGCUGGAAUCAAACUAGCAGCAGCAGCAGCAGCGUCCAUUGUCUUCUGUAAUCAUAAGAACGCUGCUUUGUGUCAAAAACAUCGCAAAAUUUUCUUUUGGUUACUGUUGAGUUUCAAUUAUCAUAGCUUUUCGGAAAUUAUUCUGAUCA